AUGUCGGGGAAGGAGCGCAGCCCCCGCCAUCGGCCAUGGUCAGUCUACCGGGCCAACACCUUCGAUCUCUCGGCUGAGAUGAUGGGGCUGACCCUCGCAGGGAACAGUCAGGAUCCAGACGAGCCUGUUCUGGAGUUCAGUCUGGCUUGCAGUGAGCUGGUGACUCCGGCGUUGGACCGUAAACCAACCAGCUUCGUGGCAGUCAGCUGCACCACGCCGCCUCAAGCCUUCUGGACCAAACACGCUCAAACAGAAAUCAUCGAGGGCACCAGUAAUCCUAUAUACCUGAGCAGUAUAGCGUUUUUCCAGGACUCUCUGAUCACUCAGCAGACUCAGGUCAAGCUGUCUGUGUAUGAUGUGAAGGACCGCUCACAGGGCACGAUGUACAUGCUAGGUUCAGCCAUGUUCUCUGUGAAGGAGCUCCUACAGGACAAACUCCACAGACUGCACCUGACUAUCAGGUCAGCGGAAAAUGAGCGCAUGGGAAACGUCACCAUCAUCGCCUGGCAGAUCGAGGAGAAGCGGGAACAGAGAGCUCCCGUGGCGAGACUGCAGAGAGGAGACACUGUUAAUGGACGGAUGGUGCUUCCUGUUGAUGAAAGCCUGACGGAAUCCAUCGGUAUCAGGUCCAAGUCUGCAUCCCUGUGUAAAGAUCUGCUGUUGAAGUCUGCGUUUGGAGGUGUCAUGUCACGGAUGUACCGUUUUCCCACCACGGACGGGAACCAUCUCCGUAUCCUGGAGCAGAUGGCCGAGAGUGUCCUGUCCCUCCACAUUCCACGACAGUUUGUCAAAUUACUGCUGGAAGAAGACGCUGUCAGGGUGUGUGAGCUAGAAGAGCUUGGUGAGCUGUCUCCAUGUUGGGAGAACCUGAGAAGAGAAAUCAUCACUCAGUACCAGACCAUCAUCCUCACCUACCAGGAGACCAUCAGUGACCUGCACGAAUACAAGGGUCCCUCAUUCAAGUCAAGCACCUUGAAAGCAGAGAAGAAGUUGGAAUUCAUCCCAACUAACCUGCACAUUCAGCGGAUGAAAGUUCAGGGAGAGUCUGGCUAUGACCGGACGUAUGACGUUGUGACUAUCGGUGCGCCGGCGGCCCACCAUCAAGGCUUUAAGGGCUGCGGCCUCCGGAAAUUACUGCACAAGCUGGAGGAGGCCCGGAGACACGCAUAUGAGGAGGAAAGCACUGGUUCCAGCCCAAAACGUGCAGCGUUCCAGCCUCAGGACGUGGUGAAGGCCAAAGAGCUGAUUGGUCAGAUUAACACCCUGAAGACUCAGGUGUGCUACUACACCGAGCGCCUGUCGCGUGCUGCAAAGGAGCGCUCGGCAAACGCGCUGGAGAGAACCCUGACCAUCCUCACAGAGAAGACUCGUCAGCUGGUGACCGUUUGUGACUCCAAGCUGCUGUCUUCAGCCAUCUUGGCCCUGGCAGCCGCCCGCCCAGAGUUCACCCGGCAGAGCACCCCGUCACCCUCCUCCUCCUCCCUCUCACCCUCCGCCCGCUCCCCGUCUCGCUCCCCCUCCCGCCAUCCAACCUCCCCCUCUCACCCAGCCACCUCGCCUUCUCGCCAUGCAGCACCCUCGGAGGCGGGCGAGGGAAACAAAAGCAAGCGCGCUUCUUUGCAAGCUGACUGGCAUGAGGAGGAGUGGGAGAAGGUUUGGCUGAAUGUGGAUAAGAGUCUGGAGUGUGUGAUCCAGAGAGUGGACAGACUGCUCCAGAGAGACCAGCUGAAGAGCGACAGCAGCUCUGAGGACGUCUUCCUCCUCACUGACGAGGACCCAAAUGCUACCAAGAAAAAUCGCAGCCCAGAGAAAGAGAAGACCUCCCCAGGCGAGUGGAGCGAGGCUCUCUACCCUCUGCUCACCACGCUGACCAACUGUGUGUCUCUGAUGAGUGACAAAGCCAAGAAGGCCAUGGUGUUUCUUCUGAUGCAGGACAGCGCCCCCACCAUCGCCAUGAGCCUCCCACUGCAGUACCGCCGGGAUGUGGUUUUCUGUCAGACGCUGACGGCGCUCAUCUGCGGCUUCAUCAUCAAACUGAGGAACUGUCUUUGUGACAGCGGCUUCCUCAGACAACUGCACACUAUUGGUCUGCUGGUGCAAUAUGAGGGCUUACUCAGCACCUAUGGGGAAGAGCUGGCCAUGCUGGAGGACAUGAGCAUUGGUGUGAUGGACCUGAGGAAUGUCACCUUUAAAGUGACGCAGGCAACAUCAGGCUUCAGUCCGGACAUGCUUCCUGUCAUCACCGGAAACAGGAACGGCUUCAACGUCAGGGUGCCGAUGCCGGGGGCGAUGUUCGACACGCUGCCACGUGAGAUCCAGAAUGGCAUGCUUCUGCGUGUGCAGCCAGUGGUGUUCAACGUGGGGAUAAAUGAACAACAGACGCUAGCCGAGAGGUUUGGAGACACGUCUCUCCAGGAGGUGAUAAACACGGAGAACAUGGCCCGUCUCGGCUCCUACUACGACCAGUUCAAAGAGGUCCUGCCGGAGGACUGCCUCCCUCGCUCCCGUAGUACAACCAGCCUUCCUGAGCUUCUCAAGCUGCUGAGUCAGAACGUCAGUGCCAAGAAGAACAAGAACGUGGAGAUCCUGUGGCAGGCGGCGGAGGCAUGUCGUCGUCUGAACGGAGUGCGUUUCACCUGCUGUAAGAGCGCCAAGGAUCGCACGGCCAUGUCUCUCACGUUGGAACAGUGUCAGAUCCUCCAGCAGGAGCACGCCUUGGCUCCUCAGGUCUUCUUCCAGGCUCUGGACUGUAUGCGCAGUGAGGGGUGCCGGAGAGAAAACACCAUGAAGAAUGUUGGAUGUCGUAAAUACGCCUUUAACUCUCUCCAACUGAAGGCCUUCCCUAAACCGUACCGCCCGCCGGAGGGGACUUAUGGAAAAGUGGAAACCUAA